AAGGCCUGGUGCAAAUUGCCCCACUUGCCCCCCCCCCCCCGGGGCAGCCCUGCGUGCUUCACUGGCUACAAAGCUAUGGCUGCAACCAUCUGUAUGUCUCAGUUUUUCUUGUCUUCUGAGGCACUAUGAACAAAUUAAGAGAUGAUCAAAGUGAAGACCUAACAGCAUCAAUGAGAGCAGGACACAGCAGGGCCAGGCAGGAUCUCACAUCCAUGCCUCAGUCAAUGCCUGCAAACCCCUUUGCUAGUAUAGAUCUGUCCCCCCUCUCAGCAGCUCUGCCAAUGCAUCUGCACCAAAACUACCACUUUUGCUGUCUUACCCCCACCACAUAACUCAGCCAGCCACCUGCACCUUUGUUCAGACCUAUAUCACUCCCCUCUGCUCCCAUCCAGAGCUAACUGGCUCUGCCACAGAGCCUUCUGCUGCAGCUCCCUGUUAAAACACUGUCCAGGCAAGCAGGUGCUGCCCCAACUGCCCCAGCCCCCCAACUCCUCCCUCUAAUGCUGGGACUAUCAACCACUAUCCCAUUCUCCAAAAAAAAACAAAAACAAAAACAAAGCCUGAAUUUGGCUUAAAUUCACAGCUGUUGGGUCUCCUUCCUGGGCAGCACUCUUCCUGGCCUGGAUUUACCCUGAACCCCCUCGGACGGGGCUUCUCUCAUUGCCCAGUAGUUUAGCCAAUCCAGGAGAAAAGUUCCCCCACUUUGCUAAAGUGCCCAGCUGUCUCCUCAUGCUCGGUAGUCCCAGCAGCUCACUCUCCUUUAUCGCUUGGCCACAUUUCCUGCCCCAGCCUGUUUUUGUACCUCCCAGAGUGGGGUUAGAGGGGCUGCCUGACUUUCCUUGCUCUGCACCUUGUAAAGUCACUUACACCAUUAAAUGUAAAAUGUGUCAAUCCUUAUCUGGUGGUGGGUUACCCCAUUUUACACUGGUGUAAAUGAUCACAGUUGGGAGAUCCAGUAACACCAGACUCGGUGAAGUUAGGGAGCCCCGUGACCUGUCACUCUCUGUGCUAGUCUAUAACCCUACCACCCCCAGACUUUCCUGACACUAGCAUCCCUCAAAAACACGGGGCCUGAUCCUGCCAGCGCUGCAUGUGUGGCACUGCCACUGGAGCCAGUGGGAGUCCAGCGUGAAGUCAAUGGGGGCGUCAUGCCUAGAGACCUGGCAGGAUCACCACGAGAAUUUUGUAUCCUCAGCGAUCACUACACUAGUGAGUAAAGAAGGGGCUUGAAAUACAUCAGGUACAAAUCCAUCCUCUUCCACAUGGACCAGGAGAUUCUGGUGUCUUUAAAAAUAGAAUUAGCAGUGAAUUGGGGUGCUGGUGUUAGACCCUGGAAACUGAUGUCCUGUAAUUAUGCCAGGACUGGGCACAGCCUGAGCAGCGGCUGGCUUCUUUCUCUUCAUUGGCUCCUCUCCCUGCCUGUCUGAUCUUUGCCUCUAGCAGGCGUUGCAGCGUCGUCUCACUUUCCCUGCCACAGAAGCCCAGGCUACCUCUCCUAGAGCAUCUCAGCAAGAGAGAUCCCCAGUUUAUACGUCCUGGAGCCUGGCCUGUGCUGUUAUGAAACUUCCCUACGCAUGGCCUUCCACAGCGGCAGUGUGCCAGGCAUCAAGACCAUCCUCGUUCACCUGCUGUUGUGCCUGGUCACUUUCUACGCAGUCUAUUACAUGAUUGGAAGCAUCUGCUCUGGAGCUUUCAGGAUGGACACAUUUGAUGGACUUAUCCCCUUUGAAUUUAACACAGAAGCAUCUCACUCAAAUCCCAAAUAUCUGGUGAAUUUGCUGUCCAUGGAACUGACCUACUUCACCAGUGGCCUUCUCUUUGCUGCUCUGCUGAAGCGAUGGGUUUGGGACUACGCCAUCACUGUCACACUCGUCCACGUGGCACUGACGUCUGUAGUGAUGGAGCAGUUCCCUUUGGUGUGGCACUGGUGGCUAGCACUCGGCAGUGGCCUCUUUAUCAUGAUUUUCAGUGGACAACUUGUGACCCACUUCGCUUGCGCUGACUCCAGUGAUCCCACUUUGGACAGCUACUGACAUUCUUAAGGGAUUCAGGAUCAAGGUAGCUUACUUCCUAGACUUCCAAACCUGAGCAUUUCAUCUGAGCAGUAUUUAUAAGGGCUGCCGUGAGUUCAAGUAGCCGGGCUAGAAAGAAGAAAUGUACAAUGCUUGCAGAGGAGUAACUGUGCGACUGUGCACCACAAGCACUGAAGUGCCCUACAUCCCAUUUAGCCACCUCAAUCGGAUACAGCACGGUUUGGCAUGAAUAAAAGCCAUUAAGCUCCUUUCAUUUGAGAGAGGAAGGUCAGAGAAAAGCUCGUACUAGAGAAACAUGGACCAUUCCUCUGUGGGUAAGCUGAAAGGUGUUGACAGCCUGGUCAAGUUUCCCCCAUGGACUGCUGUGUAGUUCUAGGCAUUUGGAGUUCUGUAAUUCCCUAUUCCGCUGUUUAAA